UGUGCGGACAUCGCAAUGGUGUUUACCAGACCUGGAGAUGAGGCUGACGCUCCGGUCUCGAUCAAGGCGGAGAGCAGCCCGGCAGGCGCCGUUCCUCUGCCACGUGAUGCCGAUGGAGAAGCCGGGAGCCACGAAGGAAGCACGACCGGCGAGUCGCACUCGCUUCAGCGAAUGGACGCGGCCCCUCCCUCGACGGAACGCUUGAUGGACGCAUCCUACCCUCCGGCGCCAGGCGAGCACGACCUGGGCACUGCGCAGGCCAUGCUCAGCUUCGUGCUCAUCGUGGUCACGGUCACCGUGGCCUGCGUCCUCGUCAUACUGGUCACCCGAUACAGCAAAGAUCACCGCGCGGCUUUCCGCGUUGAGGCGCAUCGCUCGCCGCCCAGCAAGACCAGCUGGCCACCGAUAAUACGUCAUUGA